AUGUCUAUCCUUCUCGACCCCCCAGAGCUUGCGUUUAAACGCCCCUUCAACCGCGAAAUAUGCCAGGUUUUACACCUCACCAACAACAACCCCGAUGCUGUUGUCUUUAAGGUCAAAACCACCGCCCCUAAACACUACUGCGUUCGACCAAACUCGGGGCGGAUAGAGCCAGGAAAACAUGUGGAAGUCCAGGUGCUAUUGCAGGCCAUGAAGGAUGAACCAGCCCCUGAUGCCAAGUGCAAGGACAAGUUCCUUGUCCAAACCGUCGCAGUCACAAAAGACAUGGAAUUCGCCAAUGUCAGCUCUAUCUUCGAGAAAGCCACCAAAUCAGCUGUCCAGGAACGCAAGAUACGAGUAACCUGGCUUGCUCCCGAAGAGCUAUUGGCUGAUGACCAAGCGGAUACCAAUGGCACGAAUGCCCAAGACGAUGAACUCCCCGCCUACUCUUCACCGAAAGGAGAUUUUGAGACACCCGCUGCUGGGCUUGCCAAAAGCCCCAACGCCUCGUCCCCCAUUCCCGCUCCGGAUUUCAACGACAGUGCCAAACGUGAAUAUUCAACCCCACAUGUUAACGACAACAAAGCGGCGAUCGCGACAUCUCCCACGGCGAGCGGGGCAAAGCCGAAUUCCGAGUAUGAGGCUCGACUGUCGGAUGCCAACGCCCAGAUUCAACGCUUGAAAGAUAAGCUCGCAGACCAAGGCCUGAGACAACGGAAGAUUGGCGGCGAGACUGAGAAGUCGCCGGCCGCCCUUGCGCAGCAGACCCAGUCUGUUGAGGCAGGCGUGCCGGUAAAGAUGGUGGCAGGUCUAUGCCUGCUAAGUUUCUUGAUCGCCUAUUUCUUCUUCUAG